UGGCCAGAGCUGAGAAAAUUAAGGUUGGACCGAGUGCGUCGAGUCAGUCGUGGUCCGGACGUUGCUGUGUUCGCCUCUGCCUGACUCUUGAGUUUCUUUUUUUUUUUCUCUCUCGUGUGUGUAUCUUUAUACCAGUGUGAAACCCGUAUAUAGUUUCGUUUUGUUUCGUUUCGUCGCUGCUGCAGAUUAAACAAUUACUUUGAAAGAUCUUCAACUCCGUUGGAAGGAAGCUUUUUGCGCAACAACAAAAAUGAGGAAAUUGACAUUGGCAGCGUUGGUCCUGGUGACGAUCGUCGUGGUUGCGGAAGCGAGUCCUAUGGAGCGAAGUGGAACAUCCCGGAAAACUGGAGCAAGCAACCGGUCAUUGAGAUGGGCCACUUUCCUGUCGCAGCUGGUGUUGCUUCGGUUUGCCGGGCUGAGGCUAAUUAACGUCGCGUCCAUCACGCGCUUGGCUUCAAUCGGAGCUCAUUUCUUUAUUCAUCGCCAAGACUGA